GCAUCCCAGUACCUAGUGGGAUGAAUGGAAGUGGUGUUGGUGGCAUGGUUCCCACCAGCCUCAGCGGGCAGCAGCUGGCCUCUGCCAUCCCUUCCCCCACAGCUGGCAAGUCCUGGCGCAGCAAGUCCAUGAAUCUUAAGCACAGCGCAACUUCAUCCAUGCUGGCAAGCCCUACACACUCCCCUUCUACCACCCCAUCACCGCAAGCCCCAGAAGGGGAUGGGUCAAAAGUAGGGUCAAGUGUUGCACUGCCUCAGAGGUCAAUGCUGGAGAAAUUUCGGCUGAUUAAUCCCCGAUCGGCUUCAAGAGCAUCGCCAUCUGUGGUGGAGAUGGCUUUGCAGGAGGAAGAUGACCUAUCAGAGUAUGGUGAAGAUGGAUUGACGCCUACAGGGUCAGUGUGCAGCAGUGUUAGUAGCAGUGGUACGGCCAAACAAAUGGCUACAAAGACCCCUGCGUCGUCCCUCACCGCACCAAGCAAAACGUCCUCAUCUUCACCCUCUUCUUAUUCAAAGGCGUCCGCCAGUGGUAGCAGGUCUCAAGCCUCCUCCAAAGACAAGGAGGACAAGAGCAAGUCUGGGAAGUCCUGUAAGGACAGCUCUCCCCCAAAAGAGGAGCGCGACACAUUUCCCGAGUCCACGAAGAAGACCUCAAAAAUCGCCAGCCUCAUCCCAAAAGGAGGGAAGUCAUCGUCGGGGAAGAAAGAUGGUGGCACCCCCUCAGCUUCAAGCGGCAUCCCAAAGCCAGGACUUAAAGGUCCCUUGGCAUCAUCAGCAAAGCCGCAAAGUCAGUCCCAGGCCCAAAACCAGGCCGCCUUAAACAGCAGCGGAAAUAUACGGGGGGGAGAGGGAGAGAGAGCCAAGCUAACCAAAGGGGGGCAGAGUGGGAGUUUCUAUAUCCAACGCUCCGUAGGGGGCUCGGAGGGCAAACGGACCAGCAUGACCUCGUCCACCAGCACCUCAGCCCUGUCUGCGUCCACUGUGGGAGGAAGUGGGGGAGGAACACCAGGAGGAAAUGGAGUAGUUCAGCUUCCCCAGCAGCAGCAGCACAACCAUCCUAACACAGCUACUGUGGCCCCCUUCAUGUACAGGACAUUCUCAGAAAAUGACUGCACCAUGGUGGCCCCAGCCGACCCCUGCCUCAGCCCCACCAAGGGAGAGCUAGUCUACAGCAAGACAGCCAAACAGUGCCUGGAGGAGAUAUCAGGAGAAGACCCUGAGACAAGACGUAUGAGGACAGUAAAGAACAUCGCUGACCUGCGGCAGAACCUAGAAGAGACCAUGUCCAGUCUACGGGGGACACAGAUCAGCCACAGUACAUUAGAAACAACCUUCGACACGACAGUAACCACUGAGGUGAAUGGGCGGAGUAUACCUGCCCUUGCUGCACGCUCCUCCCCCAUGUCCUGGCGUCUGGGCCAAUCGCAAACCCCACGUCUCCAGGCUGGUGACGCCCCCUCGAUGACCAGUGGCUACACUGCGCCCAGGGCGAGCACAACAGGCGCAGGCACCACCACAGGGCGCUACAGUGGGCACUCAGACCCCUCCAGAUACCUUACAGACGGCAGCCUUCAUCUGUAUGCACGGAACACCGGCCGAGCCUCAGAUGCAGCUUCUUCUCGAGACGUAUCCCAAAGAGGAAGCAAAGAGAUGCAGGGUGACAUUGACAGGUGA